AUGGCUAAAGAGCAAUUGGAAGUGCCAAAUGCACUUGAUGUUGCCAAAACACAAUUGUACCAUUUCACUGCAAUUGUGGUGGCUGGUAUGGGCUUCUUUACUGAUGCAUAUGACCUGUUCUGCAUUUCUUUGGUCACGAAACUACUUGGCCGCAUUUACUAUCACCGCGAUGGCGCAACAAAGCCUGGAACUCUUCCUCCUAACGUGUCAGCCGCGGUUAAUGGCGUCGCGUUCUGUGGGACCCUUGCCGGACAACUGUUUUUUGGGUGGCUUGGAGAUAAAUUAGGAAGGAAAAAAGUUUAUGGAAUGACACUUAUGCUUAUGGUUCUUUGUUCUAUUGCCUCUGGACUUUCUUUUGGCCAUACGCCAAAAGGGGUUAUGACUACCCUUUGCUUCUUCCGGUUUUGGCUCGGAUUUGGCAUUGGUGGCGACUACCCUUUAUCCGCCACAAUCAUGUCCGAGUACGCUAACAAAAAGACUCGUGGGGCGUUCAUUGCUGCUGUAUUCGCCAUGCAAGGUUUCGGAAUUUUGUGUGGUGGAAUGGUUGCGAUCAUUAUUUCCGCUUUAUUUAAGGCAGGGUACCCUGCACCAGCAUAUCAGGUCAAUGCUAGUGCUUCUACUGUCCCUGAAGCCGAUCUUGCAUGGCGUUUGAUCGUCAUGUUCGGUGCUCUUCCAGCCGGAGUAACUUAUUAUUGGCGAAUGAAGAUGCCUGAAACAGCGCGUUACACGGCCCUAGUGGCCAAAAACGCGAAACAGGCGGCUUGUGACAUGUCGAGAGUUUUGCAAGUUGAAUUAGAAGCUGAACAAGAAAAAGUAGAGAAGCUCGCGCAAGAAAAAGGGAACGAUUUCGGGUUGUUUACGGUACAAUUCCUUCGUCGCCACGGACUUCACUUGCUUGGUACAACUAGUACAUGGUUUUUGCUAGACAUUGCUUUCUAUAGCCAAAAUCUUUUUCAAAAAGACAUUUUUAGCGCGAUUGGAUGGAUCCCACCACCCGAAACGAUGAAUGCAAUGGAAGAAGUGUACAAAAUUGCAAGAGCACAAACACUUAUUGCUCUUUGUAGUACUGUUCCAGGGUACUGGUUUACAGUAGUAUUCAUCGAUAAAAUAGGCCGAUUCGCGAUUCAAUUGAUGGGGUUUUUCUUUAUGACAGCGUUCAUGUUCGCGUUGGCCAUUCCUUACAAUCAUUGGACACACAAGGACAAUAGAAUUGGAUUCGUGAUCAUGUAUUCGUUAACUUUUUUCUUUGCUAAUUUUGGUCCAAACGCGACUACAUUUGUUGUCCCCGCGGAGAUUUUCCCCGCGAGGCUAAGGUCAACAUGCCAUGGGAUUUCCGCGGCUGCUGGAAAAGCGGGAGCAAUGGUUGGAGCAUUCGGGUUUUUAUAUGCUGCGCAAUCCAAUGAUCCAAAGAAGACUGAUGCGGGUUACCCGCCGGGUAUUGGCGUGAGGAAAUCUUUGAUUGUAUUAGGUUUUAUUAACUUUUUUGGGAUGUUGUUUACAUUAUUGGUACCUGAAUCUAAAGGGAAAUCAUUAGAGGAAAUGUCCAAGGAAAAUGAGGGAGAAGAUGAAAAUGGAACAGCUCAAGUUUAAGUAGAUCGUUAAAAAACAAAAAUUAGCGACGGAUAAAAACUUAAAGAAAGCUUUUAUGCUUUGUA